GAAAGUCUUCUGUGCUUCUGGAAGUAAAGCCAUGGGAUGAUGAAACCGAUAUGAAGAAACUAGAAGAAGCUGUUCGUAGUGUUCAGAUGCCGGGUCUUACAUGGGGAGCCUCGAAAUUGGUACCUGUUGGUUACGGGAUAAAGAAACUCACAAUUAUGAUGACCAUUGUUGAUGACCUUGUGUCUGUGGACAACCUCAUUGAAGACCAUCUCACUUCAGAACCUAACAAUGAGUACAUCCAAAGUGUUGACAUUGUCGCUUUUAACAAGAUUUAGAG